UCGAAUGCACAAAUAUUAUCGUGGUAUCGAUAUCGAUCCAAUUUUCAUUUUUUUAAGGAAUGUUUAAGAAACGCUGACAAUCAUCUGACCUUGUCCGAUUCUAUUGACCGUUUUUCCUUCAUUCGAUGGCCAGUUGCACUUUAGAAUCUGACACUAAAACGUUGUUUAAAAAAAAAAUUAAACAAAUAAUGAUGUCAUCAAUUAUAAACGAUACAAAUUUGCCAAAAUGUUUUAUAAAUAAAAUUGUUUCGCCAACUGACGAGGAAGGAAUAACAGUUGUAAGAAGUGGGAUUCAAAAUAUGACUGAUAUCGCAAAAUGGAUUAAGGAAUUUGGUCAAAAUACUUGCACCCAUUGGGUCGUUUCAAAAGUAAUAAGUGAAGGCCAAAGAAUUGUUUGUUCAAAACAAUAUGUUUGUCAAUACAGUUCUUCAAGAAAACAUAAAGAAAAACGUGGCAUAACAAAAGAUAUUUUAUGUCCGGCUAAAAUUAAUUUUCAAAUUAAAAUAAAUACUUCUUAUACAAGAGCUAGUGAUAUCCACAUUAGGGAAGGUUUAUGUGGUGUUAUAAUAAUUAAAAAUAAACACACCCAUCCAAUUGAUAUGGAAGAUAACUUAAUAAGACAAACAGCACUAAACGCACCAUUAAAAGAAACAUUUUUCGAAUAUUUUUCUUGCGGUUUAAACGUUUCUGAAUCAAUAAAACAUUACCAACAAGGUUUAGAUAAUAAUAAUAAAUUGGAUAAUAAUUUAAAUAAAACGUCUCCAACCGAACGAACAGUUCGUUUUUGGCACGAACAAUGGAAAAAAUUAGAACAUUUAAAACGGCGUACAGAAAUCGCUUUAAGUAAAUUUUUUUGUUGGCAGGCAAACCUAAAUCGAAAUUACGACUCAACAUUUUCUCAAAAUUACUAUCAAAACUCAAAAGAAGCAUCCCAACAACCGCAACAAUCUCAAAAACAAAUUUGUAUUAUUAAAGAAGACGAUGUUGUAAUAGAAGAUCGAAAUUUAUUAUCUCCACCAUCCGCUAUGGACAACAGUGACGCAAUUUCAACAAACUCUCAAUCGUUAACAAUUAGAAACGAUGAAUCGAUCGCUUUUGGUGAUUACGUCGGAUUAAGUUUGAGCCGAAUGGAAGAACAUAUCCGAUCGGUUGUGAUCCACAAAAUAAGCAAGAUUAUUUUUGAAGCCGAUAUGGGGAAGUUGAGUAAAGAUGGGAAUGAGGAAGUUACACAUAAAAAUUAAUUUAAUUUAGUUGUAAUUUUUGUUUAACUGGUUAAAACUAGAUUUGAGAUUUUGAAUGCAAGCCAAAAGAAUCUCUUUUUUAGUGGAUGGGCCAACCUUGUUUACAUCAAAAACUCUCAGUUGUGAUUAUUUGGAUCUACGCCCGUUUAAUACAAAGUCCACGUGUGGGGAGGGAUUUAUUUUAAAACCCUUUAAAACUUUCCAAACAUAAAAUUUUUUUGUUAUUAUUAAAAGUAUUUUCUUCUCUUGUAUUUAUAAACUUUAUAAAGUGCAUUCGAAUCGUUUCAAGCAUGCAAGUUAACGUUCCAUAACGAAUAUUAAGAGGUAUUACUGUAAAACUUUCUCGCUUAAUGAUCACGUGAAUAACGAAUGAUUUGAUAUAACAGGAUAUUUAUAAAACAUCACUUAAAAAGUUUGUUAAUAAAAAAACGUUGAUUAGUAUAAAUGAAUCAUUGAAUUUGUUGACACACCAAAUAAAAAUAGAUAACAAAUCUAAAAAAAAAUAAUCGGUUAUUUUAA